UAAUUUUAAAAAUGAAUGAUGGACCGGUUCUUGUGACCGUCUUGACUACUAAAAAAGACAAUUAUGAAAUGAUUUGUUUCCAUUUUGUUUUACAAAAAGCCAUGUGUAAAAAAACAUUUUGUGUUACAUCUAGCUUGCCUAUUUGUUUGCCGAUCAAUAAAUAUAGGGGUUGUCUUUCUAAUUCAUGUUUUUUUGACCAUAAAAUUAUUAUCAUAAAAAUAAUUUAAAUAAUGCCGCAGGAAAAGAAACCGCUGGCAAUAUCCGAGUUAUCACAAUAUUAUUUUUAUAAUUGUGAGAAAUUGAUACGACUUAUAUCAGACAAAGGUAACAGUAACAAAGACAAUGGUCGGAGUAACAAAGACAAAGGUAAUAGUAACAAAUUAAAGUAUAAGAAUAACGGGGAAAUAAAAAAUUACAAAAUGGCAAUAAAAAAACGUGGAUUAGAUUUUGAAUUAAAAGUUAUAAAUGAAUUAAUAAAGAAAGGAAAGGAUGUGAUUAAUUGUAAUGAUGAUAUAAUGAUUCAUGACUUAAAAAAUGCUAAGAAUGAUCAAAUAUUCUAUCAAAUGAAGUUCGAUGUACCAGAUGAAUUUUAUGAUGAAAUGAAAAUGGAUAAUAUUAAACUAGGAGCUUUUGUGCCAGAUUUUAUUGAAGUUAAAGAAAGAGAUCAUGGUAAGAAAGAGAUAAUUAUUUAUGAUGCUAAGGCUUCAAAAAGUACACAUACUUCUCAUCAGUUUCAAGUAGCUUCGUAUGCGCUUCUUCUUGAAUUCAUAGUUAAAAAAAUUAGUGGACUCUCCAUUUCAAAUACAGGCGGAAUUUUUCUACCAUCAUCACAAUCAAAUACACCAUUUCAAUUAGAAAAAUUUCGUUUAGACUUUUUUCUUCCAGAAGUAAAGAAAUUUUUUAGAAAUAAAUUACCAGAAAUUAUAAACGCAAAAACAUCCACUUGGCACUAUAAUUCAAGAUGCAGAACUUGUGAUUUUGUAAAUGUUUGUAGAAAAGAUGCUAUAGGUUCUAUUUCAAUGAUUCCUUAUUUAUCGCUUGUGAAAGCUGAGGAUUUGAAAACUUUUAUAAGUGAUAGAAAAUCAGGUAAUGAUGAUGUUGAUAUUGAAGAUGUAGUUGAAGUGAUAAAGGAAUUAGAUAUUAGAAGUGAUAAUUUCAGUUCCAGUGAAAAAGAUGUAAAUAGAAGAAUUAAACAUAUUGUUAAAUAUGAUAAAAGAUUAAAAAGUUCGUCGCCAUAUCUUAAGGCUAAAGAAACUAACCAAGCACAGUUUAUUAAAAUUCCAACAGCAAAUUUUCCCCGAAAAACGGAUCAUAAUUUGAUAAUCACAAUGUCUUUAGAUUAUUCUUUAUCACGUCCUUUUGCAUGGGGAAUAUGCCUCUAUUGUACUAUUAGUGGGCGGUUUAUAAAGGGUCAUAGGCACACUGUAUCAAUUUCAAAGGAUAAAUAUUCAUUAAAGUCAUUUAUCGAACUAAUGAAUAUUUUUGUGACUAAAUUGGAAGAAAGUUUUAAAUAUUUACAAGAAAAUAAGUCAAGAGCUUGUGUCUUUGUCUAUUCUGAUCAAGAAAAAAAAGUUAUUCAAGAUGCUUUAUUAGAGAUCAUUUCUAUGGAUGAGAGUAAUAUUUCAGGAGAGAUUCAGCAAAAAGCUACAAGCUGUUUAUUUAAUUUAUUUGAAGAUUCUUCAUUAUUAGCAACUCAAAACAACGUCGCGGAGUCUUCUACAAAGUUUCCAAAUAUAUCAAAAGAAUGGAAAGAAUGGAGAGAUUUUCCAAGAUUGAUCAUUUUAGAACAUGCGAUAAGUGAAAAUAUUGCGAUUCAUGUACCCGGAUUUUACCGAUUUAUUGAUAUAUGGAACCAACUGGUGAAGCCAACAUUAAAAGAUGAAUAUAACUUUAAAGAUAUUGAGGAUAUUGAGUUAGAAAAUAUUUUUGCUUUAUGGGUUUCUGGACGUUUAGAUCCAAAAUUAAAUAUUAUUAAUAAACUUCAUUCAUUAAGAACUAAUUUUGUCAAUGCUACAAUAAGAGCUUAUUAUAAACUACUUGAAAACUCAACAAAUUAUAUUUCUUCUAUAUUAAUAUUUACUCCGCCAAUUUUUACCUUAACUAAAUUUAAAGAAUUUAAACAUAAUUAUUUGGGUAAAUUAUGUUUUUUUAAACAAUUUGAAGCUAUAACUGAAUGUAACCAAAAUAAAUAUGAUAGGAUUAGAGAUUUUAUGCAAGGCGAAGCUGUAUAUGGAAGUAAACUUAAAUUUGAAGAAUUUUGUAAUUCAGAAACUGCACGAUUCACUCUUCUAAGUAAUAAUGGAAAAGAGUUGGAAAGUAGCUUAUACAAGAGUUUUAUUCUCGUUGAAGAUAAUUCUGAAGCCGUCUUAAAGGCAAUUCAAUUUUCAGAUAUGAAGUAUCGAGCGGAUUAUAGUAAAUCUCCUUUAUUGCUUGUGGAUAUUUUUAAAGUUGACGACAGUGACCUACAAAAAAAAAUUUAUUUGAAAGGAACCUUCUCAACAAAUCUUAAGAAAGAGAUAAAAUAUCGUCUUUACAAACGAUACUAUGAUUAUAAUCUUGAUAGAGUUAUAGAUACGCUUACUACAAUGGAUAAAAGGAACGAACAUGAAUCAGUAUUUAUGAAUCUCUUAAAAGAUCCAAAUAAGUGGGCACUAACUGAAGAAGUAGAACAAUUUAAAAAGAUCAAAUUACAAAUGUCUCCAUCACAAGAAGAAAUUUCAAAAAAGAUAUUAGAAAGAAGACUUCAAAUUGUUUGGGGACCACCUGGUUCUGGUAAAACACAUUUCCUUUCGCUGUUUACCACAUGGUACUUAAGUGAAUAUAAGUGUAAGUUGACAAAGAAUUAUAUAGUUGGUGUAACGGCUUUUACUAGGGCUGCUAUCGAAAAUUUACUGAAUAGAAUUUCAACUGUACAAAAACAAUACCAUAAGACGAGCGAUUUUGACAUCAUUUAUUUAACUGAUGAUUCAAAAAAGAAUCACUUUAAUGGAAUAAAAAAAUGUAGAGCACAGAAUUUAAUGAGUGAAAUUGGAAUUAACGAUAAACCAAUUGUGAUUGGAGGUACAGUUUGGGAUUGGUUUAAAGUAAGAAAGAGUUGGAAUUCCGAUUGGGUCGGAUGUGAUAUAAUGAUAAUCGACGAAGGUUCUCAGUUAUUGGUAUCAGAUGCUAGCAUUGCAAUUGAAUGUUUGAAUCCAAAAACAGGAAAGUUAAUUGUUGCCGGAGAUCAUAUGCAAUUUGGACCAAUUCUUCGAGCCACUUAUCCUACAUUUCCACUCAAUCAUCCUCUCAUAUUUGGGUCAAUCCUACAAUGUUUAAUGCGUAAAGAGAAUGGUAACGUUAUUCAUGAGGAAAAUUUAAUCUUACGAGAAGGGCAAAAACAUAAUUUUGGACCUCUUACGGCACAACUUAAAGAAAAUUGGAGAAUGAAUGAAAAAUUGAAUAGUUUUUUUCAAAUGAUAUAUGGUAAAGAUUAUAAAAUUUCAUCGCUAAAAGAAACAAAAUUAUUGCCAUCAUUAUUAUUUGAAGAUCCAGAUUCACGAAUUCAAAGAAUUUUAUCACCAGACUCAGCAAUUAUACUAGUAAAACUUAUGGCUAGAAACAAGGGACUAAGAAAUAAUCCAAGAACAUUAGAAGAUAAAUUUUUACAAACUGAAGUCGAAGUUGUGGAAAAAAUUUAUAUUUCUAUAAAUAAUGUUGAAGAAACCAAGAAGCUAUCAUUACUUGUAGUAACACCGUCUCAUCGACAACGAAUUGCAAUUCAAUUAAAGCUUAAAAGAUAUCCAAAUAUUAAUUUACAAAUAAUUGAUACAACAGAAAAAAUGCAAGGAAAAGAAUCAGAUAUUGUUAUAUCAUGUUUUGGAUUUUAUAAUUUGGAUAAAACAUCCAAAAAAGAAUUUGUGUUUAAAAUAAAUAGAUGGAAUGUAGCAACAAGUAGAGCAAGAUCUAAAGUAAUUAUUAUUACAACUGAUAAAAUGCUUGACCCUGAAGAUAUAGAAAUAUCCAUCAAUAAGAAAAUGAGAGAAGGACAUGCAUUUCUUAAUAUGAUUGAAAACUGGGUACAAAAUAAUGAUAAUAAUAUCGGAGAGAAAAGAAAGAGAGAGAAUAUUGGCAUUAUUAAAUGGACAAUUAGUGGUGAUGAAAAAAAACAAAGAAAUGAUUAAAUUUUUUUAAUUUUCAAUGAUAGUUAAUGGAAUAUUUAUUAAUUUAUUCUGCUAAUACUUUUGAGAUAUCUUAGAUAUCUUGAACUUUAUUUAUGUAUUUAUAUCAUUAUCUUAAUGAUUUAGUAUUAUUCGUACUAUUCUUUGUAUUUGGACUAAAGUAAUAAAUGCUUCUUGUUUAAAUAAAUUUUGCGAAUAAAGUUUUAUAACCUAAUUGCAUUAUGUAGCUACAAAAUUUUCA